GAUAUCAUUUUACGUAAUAUAACAGUUGAUGCGACCAACUGGUCCUAAUUACAAACCUUCACGCAUGAGCUUCUGGAGAGGCUUUUCGAGUUAGAAUCAUCACCAUCUUGGACAUUUUCAUGAUAGAGAUGUUUGUGAUAUUCUGGGCUGAGGAGAUAAUUAACCACAAAACCAUUCCCAUUGUCAUCGGAAAGGAACCCAUAUGAUUGCAGUUAUGGUCACAAAGUGAGGUAUUCUUGAAUCACAGUGACACUGGCUUUAUCAUUACAAUUGAUCAAUAGUUUGACGGGAAUGCGUGUGUUUGCAAGAGCAGGUUUUAGUCUCAUCAUGAAGAGUAUACUUGUGACUUUCUUUGUCCUGAAAUUUAUCCAUUGUGUGACUGUCACUAUUACAGAAGUUGUGAGUGUCACUACAACCAUUCCAUCUUACAAUAUUGAUCUCAUUCUGCUGUCUGUUGGAGAACACGAUUCUCAAGACAUAUCUGAUCAAUCUUUAGUAGAGGCACUGUCACCAUACCAUCUCGCUCCAGGAUAUAGGGGAGAUUUGUCUCCCGAGGAGAACCGCAAAUGGCAUUUCUUCAACGAGACGACGCAGAGUUUUGCGAUUGAACCAACUUCAACUUCUGAAGGCUUAGAGGUCAGCAAUCUCAUUGGAGGCUCUUUGACUGCUAUUGAGUCAAUACCUGGACCAGUGCCAACACCUUUGAACGGUAAUGACGAUAAAGAGGCCUUGUACUUAGGAGACAAUCAGGAGUUAUUCUUAGGUGAAGUACCCGUUAACGACAACAGUUAUGAAAUCCGUGAAUUAGAGCUAGAGAAGGGAAACCCAUUUAUUGGAAUCAAGCGGCCUUUUACAGAUCGAAAGCCCAAUGAACAUAUGCCACCACCUAAGAAUAAGCUUCAUACGACAGACCGUGAAUUGCGAGAAAUAGACAUGCCUAGCAAAUCAACCUCCUCCUUGUCUGACUCUACUGAUCGUGACUUGAUAACAUCUGAUGUGGUGAGCAGUGAACUAUACGUGGCCACUACAAGAUUAAACGACACACUGAUAGCUACAAACACAAUGCCAUAUUUGGAGAGUACGCUGUUGGUUGGAAUAUCUUCCAACUCAGCAUCAAGUAGGACAUCUACAUUUACACACUCAAAUACUACUACUGGUGUCACUAGUGCUACCCCAGCUACUACUAAAGUGGCCUGGCCAACCAUGAUGGAUUCAUCAAGAGACCCCCAAAUAGUGACCAACAACAACAACAAACAACAACAACAACAACAACAACAACAACAACAACAACAACAAUCACCCGUUCAAAAGCAUGCAAGUUACUCAGCGGACUAGGGCCACCGUUGGUGUGAGAACGAACAAGAGAAAGCCAAUCAAGAACCCAUUCCGUUCCUCAAAGAACGAGUCACCGAAGAUUGCUCUACCUGCUACACUGAUCUUCCUAUUUUCACUGUUCAUUAUCUUUCUGAUUGUGUAGAAUAGUACACGUUUUGGCUAAGCUUGUCAUCAUUCUAAUUGUAGUAAUAAUGGUUGGCCUAAUUGAACCCUGUGCCUCUUUACACAUAACGCGCGUGUCUCAUUUGUCCUGAAAUUUGCGAAAACAAACAAACACGAAAACCCACAGAGACAGAGACAGGACAUUUUUUUUUCUUUUUUUGUGG